GAUCGAGCUCAAUGCUUGUGUGUGUGAAAAUUGAACAGUGCAAUCUAUCAUCAAAAACGGACAGUUAUCAUUCAUAGAAUAUUCUUCAAUUUUGCUUACUUAUUUUACAUCGUGUCUCAACAGUGUACGCCGAAUUAAGCGGUAACUGGUGGACCGAUACGGUAUUUACAACGCGAUCAAUACAGCUGUGGAGCGAGCGUGAUUUCACAUCUGUUUUGUUGUACACUGCCGAGUCCGAGCUCCGUUGUUGUUGAAGAUGGCGACUAAAGAAGUGACGAUACCGGGACUCGAUAUCAGUUUCCUGACCGAAAAGAACACACAACAGGACUGUCUUACCCUCAAGGCGAGAGAAACUAAUACAACGGAACCCACCGAUCCAAAGGAAAACGUCGUGAACGGUCAAGAUGAGCCAGACAAGGGCGAGGAAACGAAAGGAGAUUCGAAGGUCGUCAGGCAAGAUGAAACAGACGGUUGUGUAGACCCAGAGCAUCCCAUACACAUGGCUGGACAGCCGCAGUUAUCGCCGGCUCCUGCCUACCCACCUCAACAGUACCCACAGAAUGGUCUGGAAUAUCCGCCGCAGGCCCAGCCAGCGUACGCACCACCACAGACCCCAACACAAGGGGAGCAAUCGGCAUACAGCCAGCCUCUCCCACAAGAAGUGCAACCAGCCUACCCUCAACCACAGCCAGACCAGACAGCAUACAGCCAACCACAGGGUACCCCUACCGGUGACCAAACAGUCGCGGUAACACAGAGUUACAGUCAGCCACCGACGGAACAGACGCUAACGACAGAUGUCGUGGUGGCGAAAUCUGCCAUAACUGGCGAACCAAAGAGGUUACAUGUAUCAAAUAUUCCGUUUAGGUUUCGAGAUCCCGAUCUCAGGCAGAUGUUUGGGCAAUUUGGCCCAAUUUUAGAUGUAGAAAUUAUUUUUAACGAGAGAGGCUCGAAGGGCUUUGGUUUUGUAACUUUCCAAACUUGUUCAGACGCCGACAGGGCAAGAGAGAAAUUGAAUGGAACAAUCGUUGAGGGGCGCAAAAUAGAGGUAAACAAUGCCACUGCACGUGUUAUGACCAGGAAAUCCAAGCCACCGCCUAAUGCGGCGGAUAUCAGUAGUAUGGUCUCGCUUUAUCCAAUCCUAGGAGCGAUUCGAGGAGGUGUAGACCCGCUAGGGAGGGGCAGAGCUCGAGGGGCAUACGGCGCUUACCGAGUUGCUGCUCCCCCACCAGUAGCGGGCUACGCUCCUGCGUUUUAUCCAGAUCCUAUCUAUGGAGAUCGAUACCAGGCUGAACUUUUAUUACAGGCGGGCUAUGCAGGGUACGGCCGUUACGCGCAACCUACAGCGUAUAUGCCCUAUGCAAGAGAAUACGCCGAUCCUUAUCAUCACGCAAUCGGACCUGCCACAUAUGGGGCCAGUGUCUACAGAGCCGGUUACAGCAGGUUUUCACCGUAUUAGGGUAGACGUCGCUAUUAUGUAAAAUGUUGUAUCGGGUCUUGAUCCAUAAUCAAGUAUUGGGAAAGAGAGACCUUGAAAUAUUCUGACAAAAUGUUUUUUUUUGCCGAAAAGAAUUUAUCUGAACUUUUCAUCAAUGUGCUUCAGUCAUUUUAUCACAAAUGGGAACAUUGUAAAAGAUGAGUUUUAUUGUGAUCUACGGGAAAUUUCCCUAGUAUGUCAUAGUAAUUUCCCGUUAUUAGUUAAGGCUGAAGACGUUUUCUUUGCCAUUUGAAAAGUUCACCUUGAACAGCAAGAACUCAAAAAGAUACAGCUGACAACUGCCAGUUUAUAAAAUAAAAUUAAACUCACCUCACUCUGUAAUUUAGAAUUAAAAAUCAUGAAUUAUUAUAGUAAACAUUAUUUGAAUAUAGCAGACUUAGAAGCGAGGAGAGAGAGAGAGAAAGAAAGAGAAAUCUAUAUAUUUAAGUUUUUAUUACUUUUUAUUUCCAGUGAUUUUCCUAUUGUUGACAAUCUGUGAUAUUCCAAAAAAAAAAAGAGGGGUCUUUCAAAAAAUAUGAAUCUUCGAAGGUUGACUGAUCGGAGUUGUGUAAAUCGUGUGUUUGCUUGUUAAUGUUUUUUUACAGCCAGGUCAUGUGACGCAAUGUUCAAUGUUUGCAGUCAGUUUUAUGUCUAUUUUGACAACUGACCAAUAGUUGAAAAAAAACACAUGUUGUUUUUAAUCUACCUAUUCUGAAUCAAAAAUGUAAAUAUAUACAAUUAGUUUGACCAUCAAGAAACUGACGAUUCAUAUUAUUUUUAUAUCCCACCUUUUACUUUUUUUUUUAUUUUUUCUCGUUAGUUAGCUAAUUAAUUAACUGAUUAAUUUUUGCAGAUUUUGCAGUUCUGCUGAUUUAGAAUUUUUUCUGAUUUUUUAAAGAAGGUGCUCUGAGUACAGUUUCUAUUUUGCAGGAAUAUACACGAAAUACAGUUAACCUAAAAAAAAAACACAUUGUAGGUGGAUCCAACAAAAGUAGGGUUAGGAUAUAGUUUCUGAGGCAUUGAAAAAAAAAAUUAUGGUACUAUUUGUUGGAUUAACACUUGUAUUGUUGCCAGAUGACUUUUCGCUGAUUUUUUAUAUCAACCAAAUCGUGUAUAAUUUUGGCAGAUUUUUGUGUCCAUUUUGAAGGUGAAAGUUGAUUAAUUUCCCUAUAAAAGUCACUAAUUAAAGACCAAAAUUAUGGCUGACACAAUCAUAGCAUUCACCAAAACAACGCGUGUGAAGUUUUUUGUAAAUUAAUCUAGCGAGUAGAUUGCAGCCUGUACAACUAACGUAGUGAUGUAUUUUGUGCUGCAACUGGUUGUCGUGGAAAAUGUACAGAAAUUAUCAUUUUACUUUAAAAGGCAUUAUAGUUACCUUGGCAACAGAAAAAAUAAUCAAAAAGAUAUUUUAUUAUUUUUCACUUAUUUAUUUAUAUCUAGUUUAAUACCGAUUGUAUUUUUACCCAUGGUGCAUCACUCUUGAUACAUGCUACAAAGUCGUAUGGCCG